AUGUGUAAGCUUCUGGCAGGGCUGUGCAAACAAGCACUGAUGUUACUGAGCUAUUUCUGUUUCAUCACUGUUUCGGCGUUUAGCCAGCUGUUUCAAGGAGGCGAUGCAGGACAAUGUCGAAGCGAAUACUCCUCAACCUUCCAAAGGAUGUUAAUUGGACACACUUUCAGGAAAUUAAAGACGAUCCCCCCCAUUGAGUGUUGGCAGGCUUGCAAACUCGACUCGCACUGUGAAAGUGUCAAUUACGUCUUUUUCCAGAACAUAUGUGAAUUGAAUAAUGGAACCCGGGAAAACAGUCCCACAAAUUUCAUUUCUGACACUCAAAGAUAUUAUUUGGGCCGAGAUGACGACGAAUGUGAUGCUUCCCCAUUUUUGUGUGAUACCAAUGCCGUUUGUCAUAACACCCCUGGCUCUUAUCGUUGUGCCUGCAAAAUUGGAUUGGUGAAGACUGUUCAGAUUGAUGAGUGCUAUAAAAAUACUCACAACUGUAGCAAGAGGAACGCCACUUGUGCAAAUACCGCGGGAUCAUUCAUCUGCUCUUGUAAGCCUGGAUUCACUGGAGACGGGCAGAACUGCGGAGAUAUUGAUAAAUGCAACGCUUCCCCAUCAUUUUGUCUAGUCAAUGCCGAUUGUGAGAACACCUUAGGCUCUUAUCGCUGUUCCUGCAGACCUGGAUUUCUCGGCAAUGCAACAAACUGUUACC